UUAGAGUACGCGAGGAGCUGGCGUAUUUUUAACUACACAGAUGAGCGUUAGAUGUUCUGCUGGCUAAUUGCUUACUUUCUUGUGCAGUAGAGCAUAACUUUGUUUUAUUCAGUGACCUUUUGUUCAGUGGCAAGGGAUAUGGCUCCCUGUGUAUGGUGGAGAGAAAGUUUCUUAAACAGAUUUGAGUAAAAGAGUUCCUUUAAAGGAGAACACUACUAAAGAACAGGACAGGAGCCGCAGGGUGGCAGGUGGCGUGAGGCUGCCUGAGAUCCGGGACCGUGUUGGAUGAGAAGAGCUCGUGGAAGUCAGCCAGCGACGUCCUCUCAGUGUGACUGCCUGCCCGUGGCUGGGCACCAGGAGCCAUGGCCGACACCAUCUUCGGCAGCGGGAGUGACCAGUGGGUCUGCCCCAAUGAUCGACAGCUGGCCCUGCGAGCCAAGCUGCAGACGGGCUGGUCCGUGCAUACCUACCAGACGGAGAAGCAGCGGAGGAGCCAGAGCCUCAGCCCGGCCGAGGUGGACGCCGUCCUGCAGGUCAUCCAGAGGGCCGAGCGCCUGGACGUCCUGGAGCAGCAGAGAGUCGGGCGGCUGGUGGAGCGGCUGGAGACGAUGCGGCGGAACGCGCUGGGGAACGGCCUGUCCCAGUGCCUGCUCUGCGGGGAGGUGCUGGGCUUCCUGGGCAGCUCCUCGGUGCUCUGCCAAGACUGCAGGAAGAAAGUCUGCACGAAGUGUGGGAUCGAGACCUGCCCGGGCCAGAAGCGGCCCCUGUGGCUGUGUAAGAUCUGCAGUGAGCAGAGAGAGGUGUGGAAGAGGUCGGGGGCCUGGUUCUACAAAGGGCUCCCCAAGUACAUCCUGCCCCUGAAGACCCCCGGCCGCGCUGAUGACCCCCACUUCCGACCCCUGCGCGUGGAGCCAGCACAGCCCGAGCCCAGAAGCACUGAGAGCGGCCGCGUCUACACCUGGGCCAGAGGAAGAGUGGCUUCCAGUGACAGUGACAGCGAUUCCGACGUCAGCUCCUCCAGCCAGGAGGACAGACUCCCACCCACUGGGGCCAAGGACCUGAAAGGCGACAAACCCUGGGGGCAAUCAGGGGCUGGCCUGGACUCCCCCAGGACGGGGCUCGCCCGCCCGCCCAGCCACCUCUCAGGGAGCCAGAGCAGCCUGGCCAGCGAGACAGGGGUGAGCGCUGCAGACCCUCAGGAGGGCACCACGGCCCGGGCCGCCCCAAAGGGCGCUGGCAAGAGACACACCUGGGCCAGUCCCCGCUGCUGACGUGGCCCCUGGGGUCCCCAGGCCUGCCCCGGUGCCUGGAGCGAACUUGCCGGUGGAAGAUCUCAAGAGAGAAGCUGGAGCCCUCGCUGGCGUCCCCAGGGGCUGCGACCUCUGACUCCGGGAGCCUGCGGGGGGGGGGGGGGGGGGGGGCUGAGGCUGCCGCCCCCCCCAGUGCCUUUCUGUGCUCAUUCUCUGCAGGGGGCCCUCCUCCUGCACACGCCCUGCUGACCGCACCCCUCAGCCCCCCCCCCCCCGGCCCCAUCCACCCUGUGUUUAAGUUUGGGUGGGCCUCAGGUGGGGCUGGGGGCCUGGAGAUGCUUGCGUGGGGCUCUCCCAUGCUGGCUGCUGUGUCAGCGCGGCCACCAGGCGGGCUCUCUCUGCAUCCAUGCUAAUGCAGGAAGUACUGAACCCUGGGCCACCCAGCAGAGCUCAGCUUAGCACUUCGGGGCCGGCGUUGGAGCCUAGAGUGGCGGGGCCGCCCAGGAACCCCCCACCGCCCCGCAGCCUGGCUCUUUGUCAGGGCCCUGCCGCCCUCCCUGACCCCACCCAUCACACACACACCCACCCCUGUUGUGGCUCAGGCUUUCUUCAGCUUGAGGAACUGGCCCAGUUCUGGUGAACACCAGGAGUUCCUCCGGGAAGAGCCGCCUUCGGCGCGGUCCCCAGCCAGGCACGGGGCUCUCCGAAGACAUCGAUCCACUUCUCUUCAGUGGGUCUGGUGGAGCGUGAAAAAGACAUCAUUCCGAGUGCGGGCAGAUGCCUGCAGAAAGCCUUUGGCUGAGCAGAGAGUGUGCAUGGGUGUGCGUGUGCGUGUGUGUGUGUGUGUGUCAGGGUCCACACACGCCCCUCCUGCCACCUCUCUGAGCUCAGAGCUCUCAGGCCCCCACGGUGGACUUCUGUGCCCUCGCCCUGGCAGAGGUAGAGACACUUGCUGUCACCCCAGGACGUGUUAUACUUCAGAAUUAAAUCAGUAAAGAUGGA